AUGGCGGCAAGAGUAGAUCGAAGAGCUGCGACGGUUCGGAUUAUAGACGGGCUGACACGAAGGUCCUCGGCCUGUCGCGCGAGCCAAUGGGCGCGUUGCUGGCUGCUGGUGUGCGCGCUCUCGUGGAGCGCUGUGAGGCACGCAGCGGCGCGCAGUGCGGCAGUUCAAGACACAUACACCAGCUCGAAACCUCAAGCGACUUCCACAAGCAGCGGCGGUCAAGCAGUUGGAUCAACGCCGCAAUCGCGAUACUUCCUGCUCCCCAACAACUCGUACGGCGCCAAGUGCCUCGACGGCAGGUACGGCGCCAAGUGCCUCGACGGCAGGUACGGCGCCAAGUGCCUCGACGGCAGGUACGGCGCCAAGUGCCUCGACGGCAGGUACGGCGCCAAGUGCCUCGACGGCAGGUACGACGCCAAGUGCCUCGACGGCAGGUACGACGCCAAGUGCCUCGACGGCAGUCCGCCUGGGUACCAGUACCGGGAGGGCUACGGCGAGGCGAGUGGGUGGUGGCACAUCCAUCUGCCGGGCGGCGGGUGGUGCGCGUCGCUCGACAAGUGCUUGGCGCGCUCCAAGUCCAAACUCGGCUCCACACGUGGCUUGCAAAACGGCAUGCCCACAGGGAGCCGCAGCAGCAGAAAGGCGCCGAGCAACGACAACGGCGACCCCGAUGCUGUCCCCCUUCCGCAAUGUCCCGUUCCCUUAUCCUCCCUCCCUCCCUCCUCUCCUUUCUUCCAUCCGCCUUCCUCUCCAUUCGACUACUCCAACUCCCUCCUGCCAUCCUGCACCCUCCAAACAGUCGCAUCCCUCCUCGCCCUCGCAUCCCUCCCCGCCGUCGCAUCCCUCCCCGCCGUCGCAUCCCUCCCCGCCGUCCCAUCUCUCCUUAGCUGGCAACCGGUGCGGCUGGUGCGCGAAUCCGAAGCUCCGACACCUGCUCCUUCUCUCCCCCCUCUCUACACCCCUGGCCUCCCACUCUCCUCCCUGCGGGUCGCAUCCCCCGCCCCCACCCCCCCAUGCGCGCAGCCCCCGCGCGGCAUAACGAGUGCGGAUGCCGCCACAAACCCCACCUUCUACAACUGGCACCUCGUGCGCCCCGUCUACUGCGACGGAGGGGGCUUCGCGGGCCGCGCGGGGUACAAGGCGGCGGGCAACGGCAGCGAGGGCGUUCAUAUGGACGGCUGGCGAAUCAUCCACGCCAUUCUCAGCGAUCUGCGCAAGAGCAGGGGCAUGACAGCGCCCACGCACAUUCUUCUGUCGGGCACGUCCGUGGGCUGGCAGGCGGUGAUCCCCUUCUCCCCCCAACAAACAUCUCCCUCCUCCAGAUCUGCGCAAGAGCAGGGGCAUGACGGCACCAGCGCGCAUUCUACUGUCGGGCAGUUCGGCGGGCGGGCAGGCGGUCGUGACGCUGUGCGAUCUGCUGCCGCUUCUCUUCCCGCGCGCGCUCGUCAAGUGCAUCAUGGACGCGGGGCUCUUUGUGGCCCCACCUCACCUGCCCACCCAUCCCCUCGUCCACCCCCUCGCCCACCCUCCUGCCCACCCUUCUGCCCGCCCUCCUGCCCGCCUUCCUACCCGCCCUCCUGCCCGCCUUCCUACCCGCCCUCCUGCCCGCCAGACGCGGAGGACCGCACAAAGCGGCGGGCGUUUGCAGGCAUGGUGAAGGCCACGGUGGGGCUGCACAACAUGCGAGUCAACUGGCGCUGCAGUCAGACCAUGUCCCCCGCCAACCAGUGGCGCUGCUUCUUCCCGCACCAAGCGUUACGCUUCGUGUCGUCGCCCGUGCUGGCGGUGAACUCACUGUUUGACUACCGCGCGCUCAUGCUGGGCAACCAGCUGCCCGCCAACCAGGCCCAGGCCACCGCCUGCCUGCGCCAGAUCGCCAAGGAGGGCGGCACCGACCUGCUCAAGCUCGUCACCAGCCAGAGCUGGCGCCACGACCGGUCCACACUGGCGGAGAUUCAGUCAGGAGGGACGUUGUUUCCUGGAGGUGAUUAUAAGGGGGGGAGUUUGGAAAUUGGGUUGACGAGUACUGUGGAGGAAGGGGACAGUCCUGGAAACGGGAAGGGUGGGAAGAGGAAAGGAAAGGGGGGUGGUGGAGGAGCAGGGAAGGGAAGAAGGGUGAGGGGGUCAGCAGGUGCAGCAGCAGCUGAAGCAUCUGUGUGCGCGCCUGAGGAGCACAGGGCGGUGCUGAAUGUGGCAUGGCAGAUGAUCCAACUCACGGAUGCUGCUUCCAUGGAGCUCGGACCCACCGUUAGCACGUUUGUCACACCCGCAAUCGCGCACUGCGCUCUGACCAGCCCAAAAUGGGACUCACUGAUGGACAAAGGCGUGACACUAAGAGAUGCCGUCACAACAUGGUAUAAACGGCCUCUUUGA